AUGGCAGUAAAGACCGACAUCAGCAAAGCGUACGAUCGCCUCGAGUGGUCUUUCAUCAAGCGGGUACUGGAAAUGAUGGGUUUCUGCGAGGUCUGGAUCAGUUGGGUUAUGCAAUGUAUCACAACGGUAUCUUACUCCUUUCUCGUAGACAACACAGCAGUUGGGACCGUCACCCCACAGCGAGAAAUAUGCCAAGGGGACCCGCUUUCCCCAUAUAUCUUCAUCCUAUGUGGGGAAGUGCUGUAUGGCCUCUGCAAAAAAGCACAACAGAAAGGCACGCUAGCAGGAAUCAGAGUCUCAAACCACAGCCCAAGGAUUAAUCAUCUACUGUUUGCAGAUGAUACAAUGUUUUUCACUAAAACUAAUCCUCUAUGCUGUGCUACUCUACUUCAAAUUCUACAAGAUUAUGAGUAUGCCUUAGGACAGAAGAUCAAUUCUGCUAAAUCGUCAAUCUCUUUCUCAUCAAAAACUCCCCAGGAGGUGCGCUCAAUGAUUAAACUGCAACUAGGAAUAGACAAAGAGGGAGGAGUGGGGAAGUACUUGGACUUACCAGAACAUUUUGGAAGGAAAAAAAAGAACUUGUUCUUCUCCAUAGUGGAUCGUAUGAAGCAAAAAGCAGUAUCAUGGUCUUCAUGCUACCUCUCCACAGCCGGCAAAAUGACAAUGCUCCGGUCGGUCCUUUCUCCUAUUCCAACCUUUGCUAUGUCUUGCUUUGAACUCCCUAAAAGCCUAUGCAAGAAGAUUCAGUCAGUUCUCACACGGUUUUGGUGGGAUGACAACAAAGGAAACAAAAAAAUUUGUUGGAUCUCUUGGGAUAAGCUAACGAAACCUAAGAAUUUGGGUGGAUUAGGCUUCAGAGACGUGGAGCUAUUUUACAUCGCUCUACUAGGGAAGAUAGCUUGGCGGAUUCUUACUAAACCACACUGUCUACUCUCUCGUAUUCUCCUAGGGAAAUACUGUCACAGUAAAUCUUUCCUAUCAGUUCCAUCUCAAGGGGGUUCCUCCCAUGGCUGGAAGGGAAUCAUAGCGGGGAGAGACCUUCUAAUCAGCCACCUAGGGAAAUCUAUUGGGGACGGGGAGAGUACUAAGGUUUGGAAGGACUCUUGGAUUGAUAAUGGCAGCAACACCCGUCCAUUUGGACCAUCUACACUACAAGACCAAGAUCUCUUAGUGGCUGACCUCCUAUCUAGAGAGACACAGGAAUGGAAUGUCGCGAAGAUAAAUAGAACCUUACCGGAACUCGCAGAGCGCAUCCUCCAAAAAAGGCCGAGCCGUCUGGGGACACACGACACCUACAUAUGGAACCUCAAAUCGUCGGGGGAGUACACGACGAAAACAGGGUACAUGGCACUGACACAAAACAUCGCUGAAGUCUCGUCUCCUGCAAUAACAAACAGUAUCGACUGGAGAAAGAACCGGCUACUCUUCGAGAAAAGGAUUUCGACGCCGGAGGAAGCGCUAAUCAAAGCCAUCAAAGCAGCACGAGAAUGGGAAGCAGCACAACUCGCUCCCCAAAAGGCCCUGAAGCUGAAUCUUAGAUCAACGCCGGAGAAAGAGCUACCACCAAACACAAUCACAUGUAAUACCGACACGGCCUGGAUCGCAUCAUCAACUAAGGCGGGCUUUGGCUGGAUUUUCUUCGACUCGUCUGAUAUGGAGAUCAACAGAGGCUCAUCUAACCAACUUCACGUCUCGUCUGCAUGUAUGGCCGAGGCUUUAGCUGUUAGAGAAGCCCUUCUCCACGCAUCCUCCCUCGGUUUCACCAAAAUCUGGCUUAGAUCAGAUUCACAAGUGCUCAUGAGAGCAAUCAACCAGAAACGGGGACCUACAGAGCUCUUUGGAGUACUGUCGGAUAUCGUUUAUCUAUCUUCAUCUUUUCAAUUCUGUUGUUUCUCGUUUUUUCCUAGAGACUUUAAUGGGUUAGUUGACUCAAUUGCUAAAACCCAGCUUUAUGCUUGA